AUGUCUGUGGAACAAAAAUUUACUGGCAUAAUCAUUUACCAGGUGGUGCUGUAUGAUGAGGGUGAGCAGCUAUUAGACAGUAAAUUCUUGACGAAAGAUGAAGCAGUGAAAUCAGGGGAGUCAUUAACAUUUGCUUCAUUUCUUGUUGAUAUUGGUGAUCCUGAAAAUAACUGCAAUCCAAUCUCCAAUCCAAAGCCCAAAUACGAACGUGAUGUUAAGCCUCACGAGAGAACUCAAAUGCCUCAAGGAGAGAAAUUAAGACAUACUUUUACUGGUAGGAAGCCUAAUACAGCAGGAAGAAAAAACACAACAGUCUGCUUAAGUCCGUCUCAGAAGAUUAUCAAAGAGUUCAAGAAAAAUGAAGUUCUCAAGUAUGGUGCACACAGCCCAACAAGUCCAGCGACUCCAUCUGCUAAAGAGUGGGAAGCAUUGUAUACAACGCAACUUACACAAAAGGCCAAGAAGUAUCAUGAUGGCUUCAUACGCAUGAUCUUUUGUGGUUCACAUGGGAGACAGAUUAUGCUGUAUGACUCCAGCAAAAAUCAAAUAGAUAAGAGAUUUUUGAAGAAAGAUGAAGUUAUCAAUUCUGGUGGAUCAUUGACAUUUGAUGCUCAUUUGGUUGAUAUUGGAGAUCCUGUGGGGACCAGCGGAGAUGACGCAGAUGUGAAGAUAAAUGAAAGACACAGCACUUCUACUGAAAAAUCAGAGAUACUUUCUGGUCGCUAAUGGCAAAAGCCGUUUAGUGGUAUCUGGCCUAUCUGCACUCCCAGUUGGACCCUUCUGCCAAAUGAUUUAUAUAAUCCCAAUUUUAUGUGAUAUAUAACAUUUUUAGCUAAGCUUUCAGGUUGCUACGGUGUUGCAUUCAAUUUGACCAUACCAGAGCAAUUGGCUGGAUUGGUUAUUUUCUCUGAUAGCAGAUUUUUCGGCUUCAAAAGCAAAAAGAAGCAAAGAAUCUACACUGAUGGAUCAAUUUGGUUCUGGCAAUUCCGUUGGGAUAGGGAAACCUCAUAAUACCAAACAUGUUAACUCUAUUGCAAGACGAAUUGGAUUUGAUACGAUUAAAGAGAACACUGCUUCUCACUCGCCUAUAUGUGAUGCCAAUCAAAUUUUAUCAAUUAUGAGGAAACCUAUUACUCGGGAAACCCUUUCCACUGUCAAAGAUGCUCCUGUGCAACAAUGCCCUUCAAGUGCUUCAGAGCUGGUUCAGUUACAUGAUGACACUCAACCAAGUCAGACAUUUGACAGUUCAGUUCCAGUUGAUCGCUGUCAAGUGCUAGAGGCAGACCAGGCAGUGGAGAAGCAUACCAAUGAGAAGGCUGCAGCUGGCGGAUGCAGUAGCACAUUUUCUGAAGGCAAUUGUAAUAACCUUGAAAGGCCAGAUUCCACAGAAGGGACCGAAAUAAUCAGAACCAAUGCAUAUGAAUCUCCUUGCAAGCACAAAUCUGCUGCUGAAUCAAGUGUUGAUGAAAUACCAGCUGUCCUACAAUCUUCUAAAGGCAAGUUUAGCCUGACUAGCAUGCAAUUUACGGCGUUUAUGAUAUCAUCAGCACUAUAUCACCUUACUUUAAACAAAAUCUGACAGAACUUCUUCAGGAACAAGCUUCAUUGGCAGUAAUUUAUCUGUGGUUAGUGAAACUACAACCUAUCAGCCAUCUACAAAGUUGCCGAAGACAGACCCAAAAAGUAAAGAGCAAACAGCUUCCACCAGAGACAUGUCAAAAUGGUUUGGUAAUCUGGUUGGCAUGAAGAAACCGAAAUCUGUGAACACUGAAAAGUCAAAUAUUACAAUGGACUGCCCAAGUUUCGAUUUGGGAAUUUAAUGUGAGUUUGCAACGCGCAAUUAUAGCUAAUCUUGCAUAACUUGCCAUUUUUUGCAACAAGUUGUUAUAGUUGGUCUUGCAUAACUGGUCAUUUAUUAGCUAUUCGUUUUACCAAUGUUUAUAAUUGAACAGGUAGGUGUUGAAAAAAGAAAGAGUAUAAUCAGUGAAGGAAAAGUAUCUGAAUUGCAGUACACAAAACCUGGGUUUCAAACCCAUCUUUAGAUUAUAUACCAAUGCAUUAUUUUAGAAAAUUCCUCAACUCUAAAAACACAGGGCAUUGUGUUUUUCA